GCCUCAUGAACACAGCAUAACGCGUCCAGCGCUCCUUCGCAACUUCUUACAGCAACAUUCCUUCACAACAACACGUACUUCACUAUGUCCGAUACGCUGGGCGAAAGUCUCAUACGGAAUCUCAUCAACCUGGGUUUAGAUGAGCCGUUUCUACAACUAUCCCGCCCGUUCGCACCGAAGAGCAUCAGCUCCGAGCGGCUCACCGACGACGUCUGGCCGGCGGACUCCCGGAGCGACCGAGCGCCAAGCAAAGCCCAGUUUCCCCUUAAAGCAGACCGAUCCAUGAGUCUGACUGACACCUUCAACAGAAUGAAGCCCCACGACGUCCCACCACCGCCCGGAUUUCCUCCCCUGGCACCCCUGCCUUCGAACCGGUACAAGACCGAGCUGUGCCGAAGCUUUCAAGAGCACGGCAGCUGCAAAUACGGCAGCAAAUGUCAGUUCGCCCACGGCGAGAGCGAGCUGCGAGGUCUAAACCGCCAUCCCAAAUACAAAACUCAAGCCUGUCGCACUUUCUACCAGUUUGGAUACUGUCCGUACGGAAGCCGCUGUCACUUCCUCCACGGGGCGAAAAACUCUCUGGACGGGGACGACCAGAACCCGCGUCAGCUGCGUCAAAGCGUCAGCUUCGCCGGUUUCACUCGCAGCAACUCUCCCCCGACUUUAUACGAGCCCCUGAGCUUCACCCGUGCGCCUUCGGUCUCUCCCCCUCCCGCUGACAUCUUGUCCCCAGUCUUCAGCGACUCUUCUCGAGACAUGUUCCCCUUCAGCCGUCACAGUACCGGAGAUAUCUACAACAACGCGCCCUUCACGCCAGAGCCUCGGUCACGAUGUGUCUGCGGACACGGAAAUAACUUCCAGGGCUCCAGCAACGAGCUGUACAUGAAGGAAGACCUGAGCAAAGCCAACCUGCAGCGCUUUUCCUCAGAAGACUCGCUGUCAGACCGCGAAAGUUACAGCAGCACCGGCAGCUCGAGCGGCUCUGAGUCACCCACCUUCGACGGCUCGAGCGGGAAGCGCCUCUCUGUUUUCGCGCGGAUGUCUGUGUCUGACUAAGGACUUUACCGCCAUUCCUUCCCAAUCGUUCAGUCAGUCAAAUAUAAUAUGCAACGAGUCUUAAUACUGUUAAUUUAUAUAUAUUUUUUUUUAUAAUGGUGUUGUAGCCUAUUAUUUUCGGUGAUAUUGUCUUCCAUUUGCUUAUGCUUUUCUUGCUUUUCAACGUUGUUUAGCAGUGAGCAUUGCAGACAAGUGCCUUAAAAUAUCAUAACCUAUGCUAGUGGCAUAAGUAGAGCUCGUGUCAAAUAUAUAUGUGCAUAUAUAAUUAUGUAUGUAUAUAUCAUAUAUCCAGUGUGUGAAUUAGGGGGUUGGAUUUUUAAAGGAAUUUCUAGCCGUUUUUGGGAGAAGUCAGUUCCCCAAAUAAUUUGCACCCUUUGUAUAUCAACCAACAAUGUGAUAAACUUGAGAAAAUGACCAUACAUUCACUCACAAAGAAUGCACUUUACAAAUCAAUACCGGGUGAAUGUUUCCAUGUAGCAUUUUAACCAAAGCAUUAUGAUGUUAGGUGCCUGUUUUGUACAAGAAAACUAAACAAACCUAAAAACAAUAUAUUUAUAUUGAACAAGAGCUGUCAAGUUAAUGUUUUGACAACCCUGGUUGGGUCCUUACUCAAGGAAACUUGUCUUUUAUCAGGGACUGUAACAGAACAGUAUUUCUGUAGAAUAGUUUGCUUCAUUUGCAAUGUUUUUUUUUUGUUUUGUAUUUUUUUGUAAUUGUAAUUGUAUAGACCUAACUAAUAUAUUUAUUGAGUAUUUAUUGAAGGUAUAGUAAUGUAUUUUUUAC